GUUUCUAUUGUUCUUCUUUUGGUUGUUUCAAUGUUUUGUCUUUCUAUUGAUAAAUAAUCACACAAUUUUACUUUCUUGAAUUGUUCUUUCAGAUAUUUGUCGGAGAGAUCGUGGAACAAAGAUUAGGAUAUACACAGGUAGAAUCUAAAAAGUAAAUCUUUUCUGGAGUAUUUGAUUGAGUAUAUAUGAGAAGCAAUCGAGGACCGUAAUGAUGAAUAGCAGUACAAGUCUUGGUGUUCCUCCGUUCCCAAUAAAAGAGGGAAAAAGAAUGAGCGCAGAGUGGGCUGAGUUACCGCAAGAAAUCGUUGAAUAUAUAUCGAAAAGGUUGACGAUCUACAUAGACUAUCUCCGAUUCCGAUGUGUAUGUCGACCUUGGAAUUACUAUGUUCCCAAAAUCCCUCUCCAUCUACCUCCUCAACUCCCAUGGCUCAUGCUUUCUCAUAAUUCCUUUUUUGACCUCUCCACCAACAAACUCCACCGCCUUAAUCUCCCUUCUUUUUCUCACGAGACUCGUAUCAUUGGUUCUUCUCAUGGUUGGCUUGUUAUUAUCGACGGAUAUGGCUGGGUUCAUCUUCUUAAUCCUAUAAUAUGUGCCACAGUCUCUCUUCCUUCUCUCCGCAAUUUUCCUGAGUCGGUUAGAAUGCUUUUUUUGGAUCAUAAUAUCUACCUUAUCAAAGUUGUCUUGUCAGCUAGCCCUUUGCUCAACAAGGACUUUGCCGCACUCGCUAUUCUCAGUCGUAGAAACUUAGCAUUCUGCAGAAAAGGCUAUGAUUCUUGGGUUCUCUUCAAUGCAAAUGAAAAUCACCACUGGAUAGACGCUGUAUACAAAAACGGUCUGUUUUAUGUUGUGAGCGUGAUAGGAACGGUAGCGGUUUGCGAUGUUGAGGGUCCCAGUAUCUCUAUUAUUGAGACGACGAUCUCUACUGGUUCCUUGCAUAGAAUCUGCUAUGUAAUGUUCUCCGGGGAGGACAUGUUGAUGGUUACUCGGGAUUUUACAUUGGAAUUUGAGCCUCUGGAGUUUGGGCCAGAACCCGAUGUUUGGACAGUAGGGUUUGUGAUUUAUAAGUUGAAUUGGAAUUUGCUCAAGUGGGAGGAAAUUCAAACUUUGGGCGAACACUCGUUAUUUAUUGGAAAGAAUUAUUCGCUUUCCUUUUCUGCUGCUGAUUUUGUUGGAUGCCGUUCUAAUUGUGUCUAUUUCACUGAUGAUCUUGCUGGGAAACGCGAUUUUGGCAUCUAUAGUUUAUCAGAUGAGCGCAUUGAGCAGUUGCCCUGCAAUCCACAAAAUUCGUAUUGUUGUUUUGGGUGUCCAAUUUGGGUUACACCAAAUCCGCAAUGAGCUAAAAAUCUCAAUGAUCUUGUUUACCAUAUUUUGAUGAUGCACACUACACUCAACAUAAUGAGUCAUGGACAUCUCAAGAAGUGUGGCUUUACCUGUACCGUAAGACAGAUGGAAAAUUCAAAGCAAUCUUUACUAUGGUUUGUGUUCUUCUUUUAACGGUAAUGACUUUUGGUGGUAAUGUCUCAUUGAGAUCUAUUGUUGCAGCAUAGCAAAAUCGGUGUAUUAUUGCAAUUACCUAGUUUACUGUAAUUUGUCUUGUAUGUGAAUGUUGUCUUGUAUACUAUUUAUUUUGGUGAAUUUGGCAUGGUUUAAUUUUCAAAAGAAAAUUGUGUCAUGCUGGAUGAAAAUAGUAUUUUGAUGUUAAAAAUUUGUAGAGUAUUUGAGAUCAAAUUAUGUGUUUUAGACUUAAAUCUCAUCUAUUUAACUCUUAUUGCUUAUUGUUGUUUCCCUGAAAUUUUCCAAAGGAACCACUGAAUCAUCUAUCCAUGUAAUCAUCUAUCUAUGGUGCACUGAUAAAUAAGAUGCAGAUUUAUCUUAUAUACUGAAACAUACUGGGUCAAACACCAUUGGCCCUGAAGUGAAUUUAGUAACUUGAGUGAGAUCCUUGUAUGGUAUGCUUCACAAGAGUUUUAGUGCUACCAUUAGGAACAACUUGCUUUUGUGUCUUCAUUAUAUGCUUAUUGUUUGUUUAGGACAGAGUAGUCAAUAGGCACCAUUAGCAGAGGUAACACACUGCUAUGAUUCUUGGGUUCUCUUCAAUGUGAAUCAACAUCAUCAAUGCAUAGAUCAUCAAUGGAUAGAAGCUGUAUACAAAAACAGUUUGUUUUUUGUUGUGAGCAUGAGAGGAACGAUAGCGGUGUGUGAUGUUGAGGGUCCCGGAGUCUUCUUUAUUGAGAUGACGAUCUAUACUGAUUACUUGGAUAGAAUCUGCUAUGUAAUGUUCUCCGGGGAGGACAUGUUGAUGGUUACUCGAAAUUUUGCAUGGGAAUCUCAGCAUCAGGAGUUUGGGCCAGAUCCCGAUGUUUGGACAGUAGGGUUUGUGAUUUAUAAGUUGAAUUGGAAUUUGCUCAAGUGGGAGGAAAUUCAAACUUUGGGCGAACACUCGUUGUUUAUAGGAAAUAAUUAUUCGCUUUCCUUUUCUACGGCUGAUUUUGUUGGAUGCUGUUCAAAUUGUAUCUAUUUCACUGAUGAACUUGCUGGGAAACGCGAUUUCGGCAUCUAUAGUUUAUCAGAUAAGUGCAUUGAGCCAUUUCCAUGCAAUCCAUAAAAGUCGUAUCGUCGUUUUGGAUGUCCAAUUUGGGUAACACCAAAUCCGCAAUGAGCUAAAAAUCUCAAUGAUGCACACUACAGUGUACACUCAUCGUAUUGAGUCCUGGACAUCUCAAGUGUUGCUUUACCCGUACGGUAAGACAAAUGGAAAUUCAAAUGCAGUCUUUACUGUGGUUUGCGUUCUUCUUUUAGCGGUAAUGACUUUUGGUGGUAAUAUCUUAAAGAGAUCUAUUGUUGCAGCAUUGCGAUAUCAGUGUAUUAUCGCAAUGUGAGGAUGAGUUAGGUAAUUGAGACAUUAGCAUUCAACUCGAACACAGAUCCGAAUACACCUCGUUUCGAUUAAUCG